AUGGAAUCACUCGUCACUAUGCCAAUCAAGGCGUUGCCGUCGGGUCGAGCAAUGGAGACGCCGAUGCACCCGAAGAGGGUAAGGGUGCUCGCUCCGGUAGUGGAAAACCCAAGAUCAGAAAUGUGGGGAUCCAACGCUCCGUCCCUGGCCAGGAGGGACCAGGAGACGCCUCCGGUGCCAUCACCUGCCCUAUACGUAGAAUGUGGGCCUAGUAGCGGGGCAAGCACGCCGACCACCGAGCGGCCUGCAAGUCUGGGUCACGUCUCAAAGAAAGCUCGGCGUGAAUUAAUCCCUUCGUCCUCUUCGUCCUCUCGACCUCUUCGCGAUGAAGAGAUUUUGGAAUUGCUCAAUUACGGAGAGCCAUUUAUAGUUAAAAGGCAAAUUAAUCUAAUCAUCGCAUGUUUGUCCGACGACCGCCGGCGCAAUAUUCAGGAGUGCUAA